AUGAUCCAAUCAGUGGAAGAUGUUCUUAAUGCAAUUUCUGUAUUAUAUUCACCACAACAAAUACCCGAAGAAACAACAAAGGCAGACCAAUACUUACAAGAAUUUAUGAAAACUAAAGAGGCAUGGCAAGUUAUUCCAUUGUUAUUAACUAGUGAACCAAAUGUUCCAUUUUAUCAACAACGAAUUUAUUAUGGAGCAAUUAUAUUAAAGAAGAAAGUGUGUUAUAAUUUCAAAGAAAUAGAGAAUUUUGAUGAAUUAUUUAAAUUUAUAUUAAAGUGUUUAUCUGUAUAUAAAAAUCAAAAAAUGAUUACAUCUCAUCUUGCACAAUCAUUAGCAGCAUUAUGUGUCCAAUCAAAUUCAUGGAAUGAUUACUUUCCUUUAAUUAUACAAAAUUUUCCUAUUACUGAUACUUCUAAUAUUCCUGUUUUAUUGUUAAUGUUUUCUUCAAUAGCUGAGGCAAAUAAGAAAUUACCAUUCGCAAAGAAAGAAUAUCUUUAUUCAUUACAUGAUAACUUAAUUCGUACAUCACCGACAAUACUUGAUUUUAUUCAACGUUCAUUUGUUUUAUUUCCAGGAAAUGCUUUAGAUUGUUUUAAUAGUUGGAUUCAAAAUCUUGAUGUUUCUAUUUCAUUAUUAAAUCAGUGUCAGAUCAUUCAAAUGAUUUUUGAAGGAAUUAAACAAAAAAAUUUAAGAGAACGUUCAUCUGAUUCAUUUUAUUAUUUUAUGAAGAAAGUUCGUUCAAUUGAUGAGAGAACAACUGAUGAAGAAGUUGGAAUGUGUAUUGAUAUAGUUCAAUAUAUUCUUAAACAAUUAAUAACAAAUAUAUCUUCCAUUGUUCAAACAACCCAAGGGGAUAUUGAAGAUUUUGAAUGGGUGAGUGAUUUUUAUUGUUCUUUAGGAUUUGUAUUAACAACGUAUAUCGAUAAAAUUGAUUCUAAUCAAUUUAUUAUGUAUUAUAGAUUACUGGAUCAAUUCACUUGUAUUAGGUCUAUUCGAAAUAUAACAAGAAUCACUGAUGUUGUAGUUGAUUUAACUGAUUUCCUAAAUGAAACAGCACAUGAAAGUAUGAGAGAUAAAAUAUGUUUUGCAUUAACAGAAACAUUUGUUUCAAUGUUUGAACAUGUUUUAAGAAUACAAACACCUUUAAUAGAUAAUGGAGAUGAAGAAGAACUUAUUGAUUUUAUUGAUUUUAGAAAAGAUGUUAUUAGUGAAUUUGUAAGAAGGUCAUGUGAUAUUGUACCAUGCCCAGUACUAUUAGAUACAAUCUCAUCUAUUUGCGUUUCAACAAUACCAAAUCAAUUAGAUAUUGCAGAAGCAUCAUUGUUUUGUUUUAGAUCUUUAGCAAGAGUAUUAAGUGAAUAUAAAUCAGAAAUGGUAUUAUCUAUUCUUCAAUCUAUAGUUAAAAUUGAGUCAACUAAUCUUCAUUUUCUUCAUACCUCAGUAUUUUGUGUUGGUAGAUAUUGUGAUUGGAUACAUAAUUAUGCACCUACAUUUGCACCUACAGCUCUCCAAUACAUUCUUAAAUAUAUCAGUGUUCCUGAACUUAUUGAGUCUGUAGCAAUUUCAUUUGAAAAUAUGUGUGAUGGUUGUGCUGUUGAUUUCAUUCCAUUAAUUGAUGCAAUCUCACAAACAUUCUCAUCUGUUUAUCAACAAAUGCCACAGUCGUGGAAAAUUGGUGGAGUUAAUGGAUCAUUUAGUAGUUUAAUAAAUGGUUAUUGUUUAGUUUUAGAAAAACAACCAUUUGAAGUUAAACUAAAAUAUAUAGAAACAUUUAUUCCACCACUCGUUAAAUCAUUAUCUCAACCAACAUCACCAGAAUCAAUGACAGCACUCAUUGGAAUAUUGACUUCAUGGUUUGAUUCUGGUGUUAAAUUAAAUUUACAAAAUAUCACUAUCUCAUUUUUACAAAAGUAUGAUGUUAUCCCUACUUUAUUUAGAUUAAUGGAACUUGCUAUUCAAAAUAAGAAUGAAUCUUUAAUAGAAGAUAUUGCUUCUUGUAUUAGAUAUUUGUUCUUCUUCAUUGGUCCAUCUAUUGUAGAUUUUACUCAAACAAUUUCUACUCAAAUGGUUCAAUGGUGGCAAAAUACUCAUUUAGCUUCUAUUGUUAAAAUGUAUUCUUUCCUUAUACGAGCUCUUAAACGUGAAGAUGACCGUUCUCAUAAUCCAUUAUGUAAAAAUUAUUGCUUUACUUUUAUUCCACCCGUUCUUGAUACAAUAUUCCAAUUUGUUCUUAUUCAACCAAAAAGUAGUUAUACCGAUGUUAUUACUGAAUGUUUUAUUAUUAUCUCUCAAUUACUUGAUAAAUAUCCAUUAGAAUUCUCUGAAUCAGUCCUUCAACAACGAUUUAUUCCAUGGUCAUUAAAUGUAUUAGAUACUAUGAGUGGUGAAACUUUUGGAACUGUAGUUGAUUCAAUGAUUCUUUUCUUCCAUUCUAACAGAAGUUCAUAUUCAAAUACUUAUCUUCAAAAUGAAGGAGAAACUUUAAUAAGAAGUUUACUAUCAAAUGCUCGUAAAUUUACAACUAAAACUAAAAGAGAAAAGGUUAUUGAUUUAAUGAGUUUAUUAUAUGAACAAAAUCCAGAACUUAUUGCUCAAAAAACUUCAUUAGUAAUUCAGAAAGAAUAUAACUUCCUUCCAAUUGAAAUCAUCAACUCUUUUGCAAGUAUAAAAAUGAAAAAGAGUGAUUAUCAAUACUUAUUAGAUGAUUUCUUUUAUAUUUGCAGAGAAACUGCUUAA